CCUGGGGAAAGCAAGUCAUGCGCCUGCGCCACUCGUCACCGAAUCCCCGUCACCCAUCGACCUGCCGACAAAAGCCUCUUGGUUGUGCCGUCACUUCUCUUUUUCUCUGCGAUAUCGACCACCACCAGACUCACUUGUGCAACCUAUACUCUAGGAGGGUCACGAUAUAUUCUUCUUUGUGCAGGCCCCUCUGAUCCUCCAGAUUCGUCGCCAUGAAGGUCUCGGCCAUCCUCUUAUCGCUCCUUACCGCCGUGUCUGCGGUAUCUUCUCGAUCUCUGUUUGGCGGACAGAAUGCUCUCGUGGACGAGGAACCCAAGUUCAAGGUUCCCGGCAAGAAUCCCCUCAAUUUCUGCGCCGACCCCAAGGACUAUAUCCUCACCGUCGACUAUGUUGACCUGUCACCCAACCCACCGCUCCCAGGCCAAAAAUUAACCAUCACGGCGAAUGGAACCUUUUCAAAAGAUAUCGACCCAGGCGCUACUGUCUUCCUUCAAGUCAAAUAUGGGCUCAUUACCCUCAUCAAGCAAGAAGCAGACCUCUGUGAUAAUCUACCCAAGAUUGAUAUUACCUGCCCUCUCAAGGAAGGUGUCAUGACGCUGAAGAAGGAAGUCGAUAUCCCAAAGCAAGUGCCACCUGGGAAGUACACUGUUCUUGCCGAUGUCAAUACGGUUGACAAGGAGAAGAUCUCAUGCAUGGAGAGUACCGUCUUCUUCAGCAGACCUUAGAGAGAUCUACACCUGGACUCAGAUGGAGGAGGAAGAUUUUGAGCUUGCCAUCUGAGAAGGCUACGAAGGUGGUCGAGCUAUCACGAUCCAAAAUUGUGUUCAACUAUCUGUUUCAGCUGCGUCUUUCAUGCCAGGCGUUUACAAGGGAUCUUUUAGCACCAGGCACAGCCUGAGGGACUUGCUAGUAAUGAAUUAGCCCGCUAGUGGAGCUUUCGAAUGCAACGACUGCGCAGACAGGCGAUCUCACAUGUUGCUUUAAGGAGCCUUGUCUUGCAUGUGGAUAGAGAAUCUCUCCAUUUACGAAAAGGGUUCCCGUCUCAAACGUCCAAAAACACGUGGCUAAUCAGGGGUGCAAUCAUGCCAACGCCUAGCACUUGGGACAGAUGGAUCAAGUCGAACAAGGCUGGAUAAGCUCUACAUAUCCGAGGACACAUCCCAAAGGUUCUCAGCAUUGCUUCGAAAUAGCUUCUCGAUUAAUGUGUCGUCGCCAUUGCACCAUCCAUAGCAUUUCUCAAUAAACGGGUCUGAGUUGACAUUCUCAAACCUUGUAUGCGGCCAAUCCGUCGCAUAGACAACACGAUCCGCACCUUUGAUGACCAACUCCCUGCCAAUGGGAUCCAAGUCUCUCAUCUCCG